GCUAAACACGCGUCUCGCUUUCGAGGCGCUCUUCCAGUCGUUGACACCAUGUCUCUUGUGAUACCUGACGAAGAGCAGCAAAAAAUUGUGAGAAAUGCCCUCAACGAAGACGUCAACACCAGACAAAGGGACUUGGAAGCGAUCAAAGAAUGGCUGAGGAAGGAGCCGCAUCUUCCAGACACUUGGGAUGAGGGCCGUUUGAUGAACUUUUUGCGCGGCUGCAACUUUUCUCUCGAGCGCACGAAACGCAAACUCGACAUGUACUUCACCAUGCGAGCUGCAAUUCCGGAAUUUUUCACCAAUCGGGACAUUACACGUCCCGAACUGCAGGAAAUCGUCAAAUUAAUGCGUGCUACUGUUAUGCCAGGCCUCACAGCCGACUGCAAACGUGUGACAGUAGCUGGUGCAAAAGCUGUCGAUUUUGACACACCUGACAUUGCCAACUUUAUGAAAAUCGCACUCAUGAUGGGAGAUCUCCGCCUCGAAAUGGAGGAAGUAGGCGUGGCUGGUGACAUAUACGUCCUCGAUGCCAGUGUUGCCAUUUUGAAGCACUUUGUUAAAGUUUCGCCAACGAUUGUAAAGAAAUUUUUUGUGUGUGUCCAGGAGGCGUAUCCGGUCAAGGUCAAGGAAGUGCACGUGAUCAAUGCCACGCCCCUUGUUGAUUUUAUAAUCAAGUGGGUGUCGCCGUUUUUGAAGGAAAAAAUCCGUAACCGGAUUCAUGUUCAUCAAAAUAUGGAGUCGCUUUACCGCCAUGUUCCCAAAGAGUUACUUCCGGAAGAGUUUGGUGGUACCGCAGGUAAGGUUACCGAACAUAUGGCCAAGUGGAUGGAGGCGUUGGAAAAGGAGAAGGCGUGGUUUGCCAAAGAGGAAGGGGUGAAAGCCGACGAAUCAAAACGGCCGGGCAAACCCACGUGUCAUGAGGAGUUGUUCGGAUUGGAGGGGAGUUUCAAACAGCUGGCGAUUGAUUGAUAGCUAAUUUUUCUAUUUAAUUUAUUAAUUCGUGGGUGUUGUAGUACCAUUUGGUGGUAUAAAUAUUUAUUAAAUUUUUUGAUAAUU